UCAUCGCGCACACCAUGGCGCACUAUCCUCCAUGGCCUCCUGCCGCUGGGUCGCCAUCUGCUCANUCCUUCCAACUAUCCUCCCCGCCGCCUAUGCCACCGCCGGCUGCAGGACAGACCAUGGCGCUACCGCCAGAGCUGCAGGCUUUGAACAUCACUCCUCAGCAAAUGGCCGCGCUCUUGACUCACCUUCAAGCUGGCACCUUUCCUUUCCCACCUCCUCCACCGCCGCCUCCGCCACCACAGUCUUAUCAGUCUGUCGCGUCCUUCGCGCCUGUGCCUUUUCCACCUCCCGUGCCAACACAAACUGUCGCCGGUCCAAAUUUGUCGGCGCCAACCGCAGUCCCUGCUCGCAUGGACAUUGAUCGUGAGGAGGGCGAAGUCAGCGAUGUUUCGCAACACGUCAACCGUGCUCCCACCGCGCCUUCUUCUAAGAAGCGGAAAUCGCGUACUUCGCAGUUGGCCCAUCGUGCAGCAGCGCCUCAGUCCAACCCCUCCUCUACUCCUACAAAUAACAACCCAGAUGUAAGUCAGGCCUCUAUACAACAGAAAAGGGAAGCUGCUUUGCCUUUCAUUGCUGCGCUGCACCAGGAAGGUUUCACCUUCAACGAAUUUGUCCGCGAGGGCUUUGAGGAGAAUCUGCUUCGUCAAGUCUAUCGAGACUUGCAAAUUCCCAUUAUCUCACCGCAGGUUCCCAGUGCACAAGCACCGGCGACAGAGAUCGUAUCUGUAAAGGCAACGAGUGCCGUCCCCUCUCAGCCUUCUACUGUUCCUCCCAUGAAGGAUCCCAAGCCCGUUGUCCCUGUCAAACAGGCGCCACCUAUGAGCCGUCAAGAUUACCUAGCACGCCUACAAGCUGCAAAGAACAAGAAAGCCGAAGCUGUCCCUCCGACGCAGCCCACGCUGUCAACAAAAUCCGCGACUCCUGUCAAAGAUGAGGCUGCACCUCCGUCAGUUGUGCUUCCUGAUCAAACACAACUUGAACCUGAAGAAUCGCAAAGAGUCACUCCCCAGUCCGCUUUGAUGAACAACAAGCAGUCGCAAACUACCGAGUUGAUUCGUAAGAAGAUGGAGGCCCUGAAGGCGACACAACGCCGCUUGGCCAACAGUACUUCCACUACUUCCGUNGCCUCCUGUUACAGUGCCCAUCGCAAAUGCCGCGGGACAAUCUCAGUUCAAGCCUACGCCAACUCCGCUGCCAUCUUCCCAGCUGGCAACUGCAAGCAUGAUACCUGGUCUACCCUCAGCCUCAAAUUCAGACCGGCCUAUCGACUUCUAGUACCUCAGCAGCCUGUUACUACCACAUCCGCACCUAUGAUCAGGAAACGCCCUGUAGCAUCCGACCUCAACGAGGCUCAAAACGUUGCCGACCAUCGUCCGUUCAAGAGGCCAUUUGGGCAAAGUAGACAGAACAGUUUUGAUGCAGGAAUGAUCAUUCAGGUCAGCGAUGAUGAAGACACAUCUGAUGAUGACGACGAUGAGCUGAGCAGUGUAAAGCCUUUGGUCAAAGCCAGUGCAAUUCCAGCUGGACAACGCGACAAGAAUAUCCGCGAUCUGCCUCCUCUUCGAGACUUCCCUCAACGUUCAGCAGCAUUCCACAAGCAGUCGGGGAUCUUCACACCGCCCCUUGGAACCCCUGGAGCAUCGAGUGAUGCCGAAGAGCUAAGAAGGAAAGAGUCGGAAAUAACAUCUCUCAAUCAAAGAAUUCAAGAGUACGAAAAGCGCAAAGCUGCACUCAGGGCGAAGGGCAACCUUGUUCAGAGCCAAACCCAGACUCCUCAGGCCGCAUCAACCUCUGAAAAGACCUCCACGCUCCCUACUCCUAAUGCUGCAGCAUCACAAGCACAUGCACCAGCCGCAGAUCGGCCCAACGUGCCCACCGAUCGACGCACUGAACUAAAGGCUGCUUUGACAGCACGAAACGCCGAUAUUGACAACCAAAAGGCUAGAAUCCUGGAGAUGCAAAAACAAAUGGCAGAUAUGCAAAGGCAGUAUGACCAAGACAUGGAAAACCAACAGAAGCUUCGUGAAGAACUAGAAAGUCUAGACGUCAACACGGAAGGAAUGACCCAAGCCGAGAUGGAGGCCAAAAAGCAAGAGAUUGAGGACCUACAUGACAUCGAGACUGUCGGGCUCGGUGUGAACGGAGCUCAACCAGACAAUGGCCUACGAGCCGAAGAUAUGGACGUGUCCAUGAGCGAAAGUGAGUCUGAUAGCUCGCUAGACAAUGUUGUCGUGGACCAUCAAUCAGCUACAGCUGUCCAAUCCGCUCGAGAACACAGGGAUGCAACGACCUCGAGCCCUGGUCGCGCAAGAGUUCUUGACGACAUCCGUGCCGAUCGUGUCAAAGCAGAGCAGAGCAGAAUCCAAGUCUCCGAGGACAGCUCUGACUCUGAUUCAGGCUCGAGCAUGUCCGAAAGUUCGGAGUCGGAUGACGAAGAACACGAAAGUCUCAAAUCCAACGACAUGGCAACAGAUGCAUCCGCUAGUGUCGAAUCUGGCUCUGACGACAUUGGCAAGUCUGCAAGCACCGAGCCCGAGCUCGCCGAGUCACAGGACAAGCUAGUAUGGCUGUUCAUCAGGAAUCUAUCUUUCACCACGACUAAGCAACUCGUCCGCUCUUUCUUCGAGGCCUUUGAUCGCACUCAUCUCCCACGGCACCCUACUCGCGACCAAGGCACAGGUUCCGGUUACGUCGAGCUCCCCCUUUCGCAAGCCGUUGCUGCAAUCGACCAGCUAAGUGGACGCCAGCUACAGAAUCGCAAGCUCUCUAUCCAGAUGUCGAAGUUUGAGCCCAAGCUAUCGCCCUCGCCUUCACCCGAUCCAAGCUCUGCCUCGUCUGAGAGUGACAGUGAUGAUGAGAUGGACAUCUCGACAGAUUCUGAUGACGAAAGCGAGGACGACGAGAACAACGCUACAGCGCCUUCUACCGAGCAGAAAACUGAUAUUCCAACCGGUGCAUCGGUAGAUGUGGCAUUGACCCCAGACGCCUCAACCGACGGAGAUGAGGAUGGGAACGAGGACGAAGACGAAGAUCGGAUGGACCUCGAGUCCUCGGAUGCAUCUUCUGAAGAGUAUUCACCAGAGCCUGCUGCUGUACCUGUUUCCUCGCUGCCUCUGUCGCAGUCUAGCAACACUAGCAGACCAAACCUUGCUGACGAUCUAGCCCCUGAACUACAGCCAAGUGCCGAGCAACAAGUCGAUGUUCCCGAAGCGGUCAACACUGUCUCAUCUGCCGGCACAGCUUUCAAACCAUACGAGAGUCUGCUCAAGAACUUCAAGGGCUAUCGUUAUCAUCCCGAUUACCCUCGUGAAGUGCAGGGUGGGUAUCGUUCGUUGACCUACAGUCAUCAGAUUGAUCCCAACAAAGAGCUAUGUCGUUAUGAAGUUGCAUCUGGUGUUUGCAACGAUAGUUCGUGUGACUAUCAGCAUUUCCGCGACAUGGGUGUUUCUGAUGAUACUCUUCUCCUUCAGAUGGGCAUGAACGGCAACCCCGGCAAUAAUGCAGAGUACAGACAAGGCUUGAGAGAUAUUCUGCAACAGAUGAGAGACGAAAACGAUCUCGAGACCGAGGCUGUGGCCACACGCGUUGCCCAGCACCGAAGAGAUUUCUUCAAAGAUUCCUCCAACAUACUUGGAUUG